GGAGCGCUGCCGGCCGCUCGGAACGGGUUGCGGCCGCCCGACCCGCCGCGCGCCCCCGCGGGCCUGAGGUGGUACGGAGCUGCCUCGGAGGGCGAGGAUGGACAGCGAGGUGCAGAGGGACGGCCGCAUCCUGGACCUGAUCGACGACGCGUGGCGGGAGGACAAACUGCCGUACGAGGACGUGGCCAUCCCGCUGAAUGAGCUCCCUGAACCAGAGCAAGACAAUGGAGGUACAACGGAGUCUGUGAAAGAGCAAGAAAUGAAGUGGACAGAUUUGUCUCUGCAGUAUCUCCAUGAAAACGUCCCUCCCACGGGAAACUGAUGAAUCCGGGGGAUUUCAUGUAAAAUUAUACCUUCUGUUAACUUAUUCUUUAUUUGGUGCCAGUUCUGUUCUUAGAUGUUUUCUACAUGUGGUAAAAAUGUAGUUUUCACUGUCUGGAGUUGUUCUUGCAUUUCAAAACUCGGGAUGGGAUGUUGGUGACCAUGGAGGCUUACAUUCCAAGUAUAACUGUGUUUUGUGUUAGAGUUUGCUAUACAAAACCCAGAUAACCAUAGGUCAGUGGUGGCACCAGACAUUGACACUGCUGAGCUCCAUAUAUUUUCCAGUAUAAACAGUGCAAUUUGUGCUAAAAUUGUGGUUACUCAAAAUCCCUGUGUUUUGGCUGAGUCACAGGGAAGAAGUCAUAGGGAAGCACCAGCCCAGUGCCUGUUGACAGCUGCUCAGAUGAGCUGUCUCAGAGGGAAACAGCCAUCUAAGGGAAGUGAUGGGGAAAAGGAACGAGGGGAGCUUAGCUUCAGGCAACAGAAAUGUUACCUCUUCUUAUGCUGAGAAGAAAGGCAAGGCCCUCUUUAUUUCUUUACCUCACUUUAUCUCCGAUUCUCAAACAUCUUUUGCAAUAGGUAAAAGCCUUCUGUUCAUCUUGCGUGUUUUACUCUUGGACUGAUUCCUUCACACCAUCGGCAGAACUUGCUAAGGAGAAAAUAUUUUGACAGUUUAGGGCUACUGGUAGAGGUGAGAAAGAAUCUGGAAGGAAAACAGUAUUUCAGAGUAUUUUCUAUUGCCAGUGCAUCAGAAAAUAAAGGCAUUUUCCUG